AUGGCCAGCGUUUGUCCAAGCAGUGCUGAGCCCCGUGCUGCCCUUGUACUCGAGGAGCACAUUGCCCUGCAAGAGAGGGCCUGUGUCACACAUUCCCAACGCUCUGUCUUCCUGUUUCAGGCUGCAAAUGAGCCAGAUGUUGACAGACGGGCCUACGCAGUGUGGGUGUCCGAGAUCAUGCUCCAGCAGACACAGGUGGCUACGGUGAUCGACUACUACAACCGCUGGAUGCAGAAAUGGCCGACGCUGCAGGCUCUGGCGGCAGCUUCCCUGGAGGAGGUGAAUGAGCUGUGGGCAGGACUCGGCUACUACUCGCGAGGAAAGCGUCUGCAGGAGGCAGCGAGGAAGGUUGUGUCCGAGCUGGCUGGCAGGAUGCCCAGGACGGCUGAGGACUUGCAGAAGCUGCUGCCGGGAGUGGGCAGAUACACAGCGGGAGCCAUCGCUUCCAUCUCAUACGGGCAGGCUACCGGCGUUGUGGAUGGGGAUGUGAUCCGUGUCCUGUGCCGCCUGCGGUGACCCGCGGCGCGCCCGGCGUCGCUCGACCGCCUCUGGGACAUGGCCAAUGUCCUGGUGGACAGGAGCCGCCCUGGAGACUUUAACCAAGCCCUGAUGGAGCUGGGGGCUACGGUGUGCGUGCCCAAGGCCCCGCUGUGUGAGGAGUGCCCCGUGAAGCAGCACUGCCACGCACGGCGCAGGGUGGAGAAGGAGCUGGGCUUUGCCUCCCAGAGGCUGCUUGGGACCUGCCCCACGGUGCCCGACGUCGAGGACUGCGGUGUUGGGGGCUGUCCCUUGUGUCCCCCGGCCACGGAGCCAUGGGACAGCAGCCUGGGGGUGACCACCUUCCCGCGGAAAGCAGCGAAGAAGCAGCCGCGGAUGGCGCGGACGGCCACGUGUGUGCUGGAGCACAGGGGCCGCCACGGGGCCCCGCGGUACCUCAUCGUGCAGAGGCCCAGCUCAGGGCUCCUGGCCGGGCUCUGGGAGUUCCCCAGCCUCCCGUUGGCUCUGGGGCUGCAGGAGGAGAAGCAGAGGGAGGCGCUGGCAGAUCAUCUGCAGGCCUGGAUGGGGCGGCCUGUUGCAGCUGAAGCCCUGCAGUACAUUGGAGAGGUCAUCCACAUCUUCUCUCACAUCCACCAAACGUAUGUGGUCUACUCCCUACCUGUGGAUGAGGAUGUGGCCCUAGACCCUGUGUUGUCCCCAUGGCGCUGGGUGACGGAGGAGGAGUUCCACGCCUCAGCUGUGUCCGCAGCCAUGAAGAAGGUACUGGGGCCUUUCCUCCCUUUGCCCUCUCUACCGUUUCAGAAAUCCCCCUGA